UUUACUCCAGCUUCACUACAUCACCAGAGAACAUACCACCAUGAGGAACUUCAGCAUAUUUUUGCUCAUUUUUUCCGUAUUUUAUUGUGUCGAAGGACAGAAACAGAUCCCAGAAUUCUGUGGCCUGCCAAAAGAUGAAGGCAUCGACUCCGGCAAAGACGUCCAGGUCUACCUGUACUACAACAAGACUGCAGAUAAAUGCUUUCCGUUCCGCUACAAGGGAGAAGGUGGAAAUCAAAACCGCUUCAAUUAUGAGUUUUACUGCAUGAGGAACUGCUCCAUCAAUGCCGAUGCCCUGUAUCCUACAGACAGAACUCUAGCUUGCCAUUUGCCCAAGGCUCCAGGUGACUGUUAUGGUCAUUAUCUACGAUAUUACUAUGAUGCUGCUCAUGGAAAGUGCACCACGUUUGCCUGGACAGGCUGUGUGGGCAAUGGAAAUCGUUUCUUGGAUUUAGACCAUUGCAAUGCCACGUGUUUUGGAAUCAUAUAUAACGAGAACGAGAACGAGAACGAGAACGAGAAUGGCGGUGCCAAUGAUGUGGAAUCAGACACACCAAUUGGCAUUAUUUUGGGAGCUGUUUUAGGUGUUAUUGGAGCUAUCAUUCUCAUAGUUGUGCUUGUUUUGGCAUUGAAGAAGCCUAGCAAGAGCAAAAAAAACAAAGCAAAGGAAACAAAAGUGAAAGAAGAGCCAAACUCUCCUGGACCUGAGAUACCCCUUCAGAUAGCCGAGAACGCAUAAAGACCACCAAGGAACACUCAGCGUCAGCAUGAAGACUUCUCAUAACUCCAUAUCAAAUCUUGGACAUCAGAACAAAUCAUUUUUACCAGAAGGUUCCAUCAAGGGGUCUUUGUUCAGUUUCUCAGCUUACAUAAAGUGGUUUCCACACUAUUGUGGAAUUGCGACUAGUUAGAAACUUUAACGGUUCCACCGGAUGGACAGGUCAUAGAACCAAGUUCUGUAGUAAACAUUAUUUUCCCUAAGAGUGUGUGUAGUCCCUGCUGAGUAUUUGGCCAGAUUGGAUAUGUGUUUUGAUAAUGUAAAGUGAGUUUAAGGACAUUCGCAUAUAAAUAUGCUGAAGAAUUAAGACCAUAUAAUUAUUAAUGUUGUUAUUUUCAUGGUGUGUAGAUUUUAUGUUGUUUAUUGUUGACACUAAACUACACUACAAAGUAAACAAUGUUGUCUCUUGGUAAUGACUUAAACUUUGUUUUGUAAAGGGUGCUGAUAUUAAACAUUUUAAUA